AUGUUUACAAUGGCAAAAUGGGAUAGGGGACCUACAGAACCCAAGCAACCACCUUUGUUGCCCGCUCAGCGCCCAUUCCACUCGUGCACCAAAUUCUUAAUCUCGGCCUGGCUUGCGAAGCGUAGUAUGACGGCAGACAGAGGUUGGACAGACGUGGUCGUUCUAGGACAUAGACAUGUGUCGUUGACAGAGCAUGCAAAGGGAGGGGGCACGUUGUGUGGAUUGGGGGUAACCCAGCAGCUCGUCUACUCUUCUCUCAUGGUUUGGCGCGGGUUAUGGAAAUGGUGA